AUGGCGAAAGGUCAAAUUGAUCAUGGCCUACGUGCUACGCUCCAGAAGUAUGCUCAUUUAGUGAAUUCGGCUGCUCGCCCUUUACCAACCCAGACCGGGGAUGGUACCUACAUGGAAGAGGACACACACAGCAGCAUUGUUCAGGAUCUCUCAUCCCUUAGGGUCUCUGACAUUAACACCGUGAUCCAGCUACUAGAGAGGUCCAUUUCGGGCAACAAACUAACAAAUGACCGGACACUGUUCAUGGAGCAUCUUGUUGGUCUGGCAUCAAAACUCCCAGACUCAUCCACCAACAGAGCCAAACUUACCAACGCUUUCACCAAAGACAUAUGGACCACCUUGGAUCAUCCACCACCUUGUGCACUCGGCGACUUGUACAACUAUCGUCAAGCUGAUGGCUCAUACAAUAAUAUAAACCUACCAAAUCUUGGAAAAGCAGGAACACCCUACGCUCGAUCCGUCAAACCUCGAGCUCCGAGCCCGCCUUCGCGCCCGGAUCCGGGCCUCCUAUUUGAUACAAUCAUGAGUCGUGAUAAUGGAGGUUUUAAACCACAUCCAGGCAAUAUUUCGAGCAUGUUGUUUUACCUGGCAACACUCAUCAUCCAUGAUUGUUUCCGAACUUCAAGAGAGAAUCCCAAUAUCUCCACUACAUCCUCGUAUCUUGAUCUUUCACCACUUUACGGUGCUGAUCAAGCUGAGCAAAAUCAGAUGCGUACAUUCGAAAACGGAAGAUUGAAGCCCGAUUCUUUUGCAGAGAAACGCAUCCUUGGGUUUCCACCUGGAGUAAGCUGUCUCGUGAUUAUGUUCAAUCGAUUUCACAACUACGUGGUCACGCAACUCGCAGCUAUUAACGAGAAUGGGCGGUUUGACGAGCCAUCGAGCUCACUCAGUGACGAACAUAAACGUGCUGCGAACGAGAAGAGAGACAAUGACCUGUUUCAGACGGGUCGCUUAAUCACUUGCGGCCUCUAUGCCCAUAUCAUCUUGCGUGACUACGUACGGACGAUACUGAAUAUAAACAGGACAAAUUCAACGUGGUGGAUUGAUCCCCGGGCUGAUAUUGGAGAUGGAGAUCGCUCAAUGGGGACAGGUAAUCAAGUAAGCUUCGAAUUCAAUCUGGUAUAUCGCUGGCAUUCUUGCGUAAGUCAGCGGGACGAAGAAUGGACACAACGUCUCUACGAGAAUAUUGUUGGAAAAGAUUAUCGCGAAACAACGACCCGCGAACUCCUAACGGCGCUGGCCACAUGGGAAGCCGAGAUUCCCGAUGAUCCUCUGCAGCGAUCUUUCGAAAAUCUUACGAGACAAGAUGAUGGCACGUUCAACGAUGACGAUCUCGUCCGAAUUCUUACCGACAGCGUUGAAGACUUGGCUGGCGCAUUUGGAGCCAACAAUAUCCCCCCUAUUCUCCGAGCUAUCGAGGUUCUCGGGAUAUUGCAGGCUCGAAGCUGGCAUGCAGCAUCAUUGAAUGAGUUCAGAUCAUUUUUCGGCCUUGAGCCGCACAAGACUUUUGAGGAUAUUAACUCGGACCCAGUUGUCGCUGCUCACCUGAAAAGCUUGUACGAGCAUCCAGACUAUGUGGAGAUGUACCCAGGUGUAGUAAUUGAAGAAAACAAGCCAACGGUAGUGCCAGGUUCUGGCCUUGCGACAGGCUACUCAAUCAGCCGGGCAAUCUUGUCAGAUGCCAUUACCUUAACGCGUGGGGAUCGUCAUCUCACCCAAAACUAUCAUCCAGGAAAUUUGACCAAUUGGGGCAUGAAGGAAGUGGAAGCAGACCCGGCGGUUGAGGAGGGUUGUGUAAUCUACAAGCUCUUUAUUCGUGCUUUCCCUCACCAUUUCGAAUUCAACAGCGUGUACGCGCACUAUCCCUUUGUCAUUCCUUCAGAGAAUAAAAAGAUCCUCAAGUCCCUGGGUCGGGUCGAUUCAUACUCGUUCCGUCGCCCAACUCGGAGGCCGCUACCGAUUCCCGUCAUGUCGAUCGGUGGCGUUGAUGCCGCAUUGAUGUCCAAAACUCUGCGUGUCGACCCAUGGAAGCAAGGAUUUCAAUUCCUUGGAGGGCAAGAUGGUGCAAGAUGUUGCCUUGCUGGUGACGGACAGUUCUAUGCAGGUCAGCGGGCAACAUUGCAAAAGUCGAUGUAUCCCGAUUCCUGGAAAGCAACAGUCAAGCGUUUCUACGAGACAACCUCGGCUGCCCUGCUGAAAAACUGGUCUUCACCAAUCGGUGUAGAUAUUUCAGACGGUAAGAUCAAGCAAACGAACGGCCACUCCGCCAAGUCUGCUGGAACUAGACAGCCAAACGGCCAUUUUGUCAAGCGGAAGACUUACCAGGUAGACAUUGUCAGAGAUGUGGGUAACCUAGCCGGAGUCCAUUUCGCGGCUCAGUUCUGGGCAAUGCCACUAAAGACGGCUGAACGGCCCCAUGGUAUCUUCACAGAACACGAACUCAAGGACAUUCUCACACUGAUGUUCACUGUCGUCUUCUACGGCACUGUAGACCCUGCCAAGACGACCAGUCUCUACACUGCGGCUAAACCUAUCAACGAAGCUAUGGGUGCCAUCAUGAUCGCUGAGGUUGAAGCAGCGGGCAAGAGCAGACUACUCGGGAAUCUUGUCGGCAGACUUGUCGGCGAGAAGCCUGAAAUGAAGGAAUUUGGUAUCCACGCGAUUCGCAGACUGCUCGAAAACAGCAAGGAUGCUCACGAGGUAGUCUACGCCCAUAUACUCCCAGCAGCGGCGCCCAUGGUCACGUUGAACGGCGCAAUCUUUGCGCAGAUUGUGGACUUCUAUCUUGGGGCCGGGAAAGAGCACUGGCCAAAAAUCCAGGAACUGGCCUUACAGGACACUCCUGAAGCCGAUGAGCUCUUGAUGCACUACGCCAUGGAAGGUGUGAGACUGAACGGUUCAAACUCGGUGCUCCGCUGCGUGCACGAGGACACCACACUGCUGGAGAACGGCCAGCCUCUGCACCUUAGAGCAGGAGACACUGUCUACGUCAGCUUCAAUCAGUUGACAAUGGACCCGGAACUCUAUCCAGAGCCGGAGAAAGUACGCCUGGACCGGGAUAUCGACUCUUACAGAUUCUAUGGCCACGGGCCCCACCUCUGCCUGGGCAGCUGGAUCAGCCAUGUCUCUCAGGCCGCCAUGCUGAAAGUAGUCGGCCGGCUCAGGAACCUUCGUAGAGCUCCUGGGCCACAGGGACAACUGAAGACAAUCACGGGUGAUUUGGGCGUCAAGAUGUACAUGGAUGCGCUACAGAGUACCUUGUCGCCGUUUCCGACAACAAUGAAAGUGCUGUACGAUGACACUGCUUGA